GAGAGAGAGAGAGUGGAGGCGUACAGCUAUGCAAAGACCGUGUCGUGGACCUACAUUGCCAUUACGCACCAUUACGCACUGACAGCUACUUUCAAGCGGAGAGCGCACGUCGCCGAGGAGCGGAGUUUUGGAUUCCACACAUAUACAAGAAGAAGACAGAAGUUUUUCAUCCAGUGGAAUAGACUGAUCUUCAGAGCCCAGCUGCCAUUCAUCCGCACAGGAAUGGUGGAUCACUUGCCGCUUGGUGAGGAGACCUUCCUGUAUUACAGCGGCUCCCCGGGGUCUGACUACAACUGCCUCUGUCACCACACAAACGGUGGCACGUUGUCAGGCAUCAUGGUAACUGAAGCAUGCAUCUAUGAUCACCACCACCCCUAUCAAGGGAUGACGCUCUCCUCUUCCCCUCACCUCUCUGAGGAUGACCUCAGUGACUCCUCCAGCCCUCGUUCCUCCCUCUGCUCCAGCCCUGAGUCCUCGUCGCCGACGUUACGGCACGUUCUCGGCUCCAGCUAUGAAAGCAGGAGCAGCAGGAGCAGUAGUGGGAGCUGUAGUUCCUCAGGAGGAGAGAGUCAAGACAGCUUGCUGGACCUCCUCCUCUCGCAGGCCUCCCUCACCACCUCAUUAAGCUCUAACGCCAGCAGCAGCUCUCAUUCUUCUCCUCUAUCAUCCUCUCUAUUGCUCUCCUCCCCAGCCUCUUCUUCAUCCUCAUCUGCCCCUCUUUUACCCAUGGGCCUGGCCUGGGAGUCCAAGAGAGAGCAGCGGCUGAGUCUCCAGCAGCACGCCAAAGAGGACUGUUACGAGUUCCCGGUCUUCCUGGAUGACCUGCAGGAUCCUGCGGCGCUCCUCUUUCAGCCAACACUGGAAGAGAUUGAGGAGUUCCUGGAGGAGAACAUGACAGUGGCAAUGGAGAAAGAAGAGGAGGGGAGUGAUGAGGCAAUGUCACCAAUGUCAGAGGAUGCUGAGGCAAAAUGUUCAAGGACAUUAGCAGGGGAACCCGUAUCAGUGUCACAGAACUCAGAUCAGACUGUGCCAGUGGCCCAUUCUCCACUCUCCUCCUGCACAGAGACCAAAUAUACACCAUGUGCAUCUGACAUGGAUAGCUCACCAUCAGCAGCGGAUGUUAGUUGUGCAGCUAGCUCUAGUUCUACUAGUAGUGUUGAUGGGAUCAAACAGGAGGAUUGUGGUUCGCCGCCAGCUUCAUCAGAAGGUACCAGUGCCUCCACUGUGCCAGUCAUCCUACAAAUCCAGCCCAUACAGAUCAAACAAGAGCCCAACCCUAGUGCCAUAUCAGAUGCUGUCACCCAGCAAACCCAACCCCCAAAAACCCAAUCCCAGCCAACCCAGGCCCCGUCGGAUAUCAAAAUCGCCCAACUCCUGGUCAACAUCCAGGGGCAGACUUUUGCCUUAGUACCGCAGCUGCUUUCCCCGACAAACAUUACUGGCUCGAGCAAAAAUGGAACCACCGUUUCCCCCAAAUUUGUCCGGAUCGCACCAGUGCCCAUUGCCGCUAAACCCAUCGGGCUUGGGGAAGGCGGGUUAGGCGCAAGUUCAACUACAGGGGUCCUUGCUGGAGGUCAGAGGUACCAGAAGAAUGCGGUAGCAGACCUCAUUAAAAUGCACAAGUGCUCGUUUCCUGGCUGUAAUAAGAUGUACACCAAGAGCAGCCACCUUAAAGCCCAUCUGAGGAGGCACACGGGGGAGAAGCCCUUCGCUUGCACGUGGCCCGGCUGUGGAUGGAGGUUCUCCCGGUCCGACGAGCUGUCCCGACACCGCCGCUCCCACUCGGGAGUGAAACCAUACCAGUGCAUCGUCUGCGAGAAGAAGUUUGCCCGCAGCGAUCACCUGUCGAAACACCUCAAAGUCCACCGCUUUCCACGAAGCAGCAGGACAGGACGCUCUGCAAACUGACUCUGCUGACCCCACUCUGACAGACUGACGCUCAGAGGAGAGAGGGGUGGGGUGGGGGGCAGCAGGGGGGCUGCGUUUCUGUAUGUGUGUGUGUGUACUUGUGUGUGACGAAAGACAGAGGAGGGAGAGGGGGGUGAAAGUCCAAACACCUUUUAAAGGAGUCUGUGCAGGACCCUUGAGCUCGUGUGUGUUUAUGUUCAAAUAUGUACGCGUGACGUACAUUCAUGGUACUGUUAUAAUUUAUUGGGUGGCGAGGAAAAGACUGUAAAAACUAAACUAAAACAGAAAACUGUUACUUGACACACCCUCACAGGUGGAAUAAGCUUCUUGUAUAUUACAACUUUUUUUUUGUCUCACUCAAAUCUUUUAGCUAAUCUAAUCUGAAGACAGAUUUGCUACUCAGAGUAUUUUUACACUUUGAGGUGUGUGUUAUUGUUAUUGCUGGAAUCAAAAGCCUUAUAUAAAUGAAAAUGCAUUACUAAGGGGUCUGCUACUAUUUAAAAACCCCAUUUUUUUACCUUCCUGGAGCCAAGUAAUAGCAAAAAUGCAUCGCUUAAUGGCUUGAAUUUAAUUUGUUGCCCAACAGCAAGAGCUUACUGGACACUGGGAACUACUGGGGCCUUGGUUUAAUUCUUCCUCGAUAGACGGCAGAGUAAAUGAUGCAUCAACAUUCCUGUAGCUUUGAUUACGUGUCUUUGUUGCCUUUGAGUCCCCGUUACAGGAAGAGGAAAAAACACUGUAGUUACCACAAAUACAAGAACAAUGCUCAUGUUCUUGUUAAAUUACGGCUCACGAACAAAAAUCAUGUCACUGUGUAAUUUGCACUGGCACACAUGAAAUUUCUGGUUUUCUGCCCACACGACACAAGUACUUUAUGUAGUUGUGUUGUGGUUUGGCUUGACUCACUGCUCUUUAAAACUUUUUUGGUCUCAUCAGGUUGAAAGACCAUUUAGCAGAAUGUUUAAUGGCCUGUUUGGAUCAAACAAAUUGGUUUGCAGCUACAUCCACUGAUUAUCCUUCAAAUUUUUUAAGCCAAGGUUGAAAAUUAUUUACAGAAUCAUACCUAUAUCAUAACAUGUGUUUUCUGGUGUUGUGAUGCCAUAUCAUUACUUCAUGUCACUUUACUGACUUCAUGCCACUGCUGUCAAGAAAUACGAAAAAAUAAUAGAAGACGAUAACUUCACAUUGCUGAGAGGCACAAGGAAAGGAUGUUGCAUGCUGCUCUUGAACGCAUCGUAUUUCUCUUCUCCUCUCCUGCCAAAUCAAGUCUGUUUUCCAUUCUUUUCUCCAUAGAUCAAUUUCAAUACAAACUAAUUUUACAUCUCAAAUGAAAUGAAAUUAUUUACAUAUCAAAUUUAAGCAGGAUUUCUUUUCUUUCCAUUUGUUGAGAAUGGAAUAAAACAAAGAAUAUAACAUAAAUACAGGAGAGGCACAGAGUCAUAGCUAACAUUGCAGCCCGGUCUCAUAGAAAUAUGACAAAUGGACACAAAGUCUUAACAGCGCAUGACAUAUUUGGUGAUAUGAAAUAAUAUGCUGGCAACACAAAAACAAUUCUAUUGUAAAAUCGUUGAGGAUAUUUUGUAAUGGUGGACACACAAAUUAAGAAUAAAGAGCAAACAUGGACUUUCAACCAGGAGACUACCGUUUGUGUCCCAUGUGCAACCAGAAGUCAACAUAGUUACAUGACUUUAUGGACUAAUGUAACUGUACUUUACAUAGGUACUUUACAUAACUAUGCAAAGCACAUAAGUUUAUGUAACUUACGUCCCAUACAAAAUUAUUUUAACCAUAACCCUAAUCUUAUCCUUAAGGUAACCAGCUGGGUUUUUUUUCUCUUGGUAGUAGUCUUGGGUCUUCCUAGCAAAGCUAGUUGUGGAUUCCAAAUCCAAAAGGGAAAAGUCUCAGGGGAAAAAUAGAAUUUAAUGGUGCUUAGGCAAAUUCAUUUGCUUUUUUUUUUUUUCUUUUUUGGCCAAAAAUGGCGACCCCUGACCUAAACCAAACUGCGACUGAUCAUAAUGGACUUUGAAUUAGCAUUGUUUUCGUGUCGCCAGCACAUCAUUUUAACAUGUUUCGUGUCCACCACCAUGUAAUGCAUUGUUAAGAGGUACAUUUCAUCUUUGUCUGUGAGGCUGUGUUAAACAUUAGCCACCAUAAGCUAGCACUCAUAGCAGACCAAGUAAGGCUGUAGCAGUCAAAUGCCCAAGUGUGUUGAAUUUAAAAAGGGACUGUUGUACUGCUUUUAAAUUAAGCUUUCAGUUUAGAAAAGAAUGACUAUGCUAUGUCUUCUUUCAAAAGUUACAUAGACUUGCUUUAAUUUAAGGACUAUAUUGGAGCUUUCUUAAAGGGGCAUCAAGUCAAUGGCUCUCUGUUUUCUCACACUGAAGCCUGUUUUCUUGCCAAAUCAAGUUUUCUUUUUCCUUUCCCUUCUACAAAUGAAUUUCAUAAAAUGAAAAAUGAAUCGAUCUGCAUAUUAAAUGUAACUGGAUUUCUUGUUGCCCAUUUGUUGAGACUGGAAUUAUGGGCCGUUACAGCAUCAAAUAACAAAUUUAGAGGAAAUCUUUAUGAAUCCUUUUCAGUUUCUCUGGUCUUAUUACGUGUUACAGCAUAUUCGUCAAAGGUAAAUAGAAAAUUGAAGAGCAUUUAAAAGACACAUUAAAAUCUCUCCCUGGUCUUGAACAUAUCAAAUCUCUUGCCAUGAAAUGAGAUGCCUUUGUCUUGUACUGUAGGGGAACAGUGACCGUUUUGCUUUUUUUGUCAUAUCACAUUUACCUGUAUAGAUUGCUUUAGUGUGUGUCAAUCUGCAUCUCAGUUGAAUUAAACCAAAUGUGUGAUGGGAGGGAUGCAAAAUGCCUGCUGCACAGAGUUCAGACGUGAUCUCCUGUGCCAUAAAGUUGAGGAUCAAUUGAUAACAUUCAGUACUGAAACUGUUUAAAGAAAGAAAUGUCAGAGUUUGAACUGGAAUCAAUGUUUUUUGGAAGUGUUUGAUUUGCUGAAACAAGUGUUCAGUACGCAGCAGCGGAACGAGAUGCCAUAUGGGGGAAGUGUAUUAUCGAUGUCAGGCAUUCCUUCCAUACAAUCAGAAGAAACGCUUUUCUGAAUGGGCGUCAUUCGUGAGCCCAUGAAUGUAUGUAAAUACUGUAUAUGCAUUUGAAAGGAGUACUGAAAUAUUCUUCUAGUGAUUUCUGUGAUUGUGAAAGAUUUUUUAAAGAAUAUGUAAAGAAAGAGUACAUAACGUGAUAAUUCAAAUAUACAGUGAAAAAUGUGGCAACUUACUUUUUUGUCAGGUUUUUACACAACACAUUAAAAGGCUCAUGAAAUGUUUCAUAAUACCUUCACAGACAUUUUCUCGACUUGCACAGCCACUUCGUCAGGUGCAAAUUGCAAUACAGCUGCAAGUAUUGUGAAACAUGUGAUGAGUAGUGUGCUCUGUAAAGACUUUACAAAGAAAGAGUUGCUUAAAAUGUUAUAUUUUUGCUUUUGUUCUUACGUAAAACACAUUUACAAUAAAAAUCCCAA